CCUGGGCUAACGUAGCUCGAAAGCUAAAGCUGUCAGUUACUUUAUCAACGUUAGUCUGCGUAAAAGUACAACGUAAACUUUAUUUUCCAAAAGCGCCUGGGUAAUGCCACCAAAAAGAGUCAGAAGUGGGACAGUGUCCGCUGCUGCUGCGACGGCAUUUGGAAACAAGGCUUGGGAAACGGGACUCACUGCAGCACCAUUUGAAGAGGAGACUUGGAGGGCCAGCAUUUCUCUUGUGGUUGGAGAGAGGCUGGGUGAUGAGGAGCUUAUCAGUGCUCUCCAGCUGGCUGUACAGCAGUCCCUGCGGAGACUGUUCAGUGUAAUCACCUGGGACGCCACCCUGGAAAAGAUCCAUGAACUGGGAAACCCAAAAGUGAAGAAGACCAAGGAUGCACCUAUGUUUUAUGAGGUUAUGGAAGCAGCCAAAGCCCUGCUGGAUGCAGGAGAAGAGCUGCCCUGUGACCUACUAGGUAAACUGCUCAAGUUCCAGUUGCUGGGGGUGAAGGCCGGUGACCAGCAGAGGAGGGCCACAGAGAUGAGGGAUGCCGAGGAGAAGGACAUGACCAAGGCUGGCAAUGUCUCCCCGACCAAAGACAGAGCCGGUGCCAAGCCCGUUGCCAAAGGCGACAAGGGUAAGAAAGUUGCAGAACCCAUAGCCCCGGCCAAGGAGACCAAGCUCAAGAAGAGGGGAGAGAAAGACGACACCCACAGGUACAUAGAUGACGAGCCGGACAGUGGUCCUGAGCACUAUAUCCUGGUGGUGGGCUUCCAUCAGGCACAGCUGGUCUAUGUGCUGGACACUCUGGGUGUCCACGUAUCCAAUGUCAUCAAGCUGACCUCGGUAAGACCAGACCGGCCAAAGGCACCCCUGGAGGACAGUGAGGAGUCCGAGGCUGUCGGCCAAAGGAGACAGCGUGAGCUGGAUCAGUUCUGGUGUCAGUUAGAGGGGGUGCUGAACAGGGGCUCGGUCUUCUCCAAGCUGUGUGAUGUGGCUCGUCUCAGUCACACCACUAAAGAGACCCUGAUGCCCCAGGACAAAGGCAACACAGAGGCUAUGCUUGGGAUUGGGACAGGACUGUUUGAGGAGGUGGCAUGUCUGAUCUAUGACAGUCUGGACUGGAGAAGACAACACCAGCACUACCUCAACAACACGCGACUAGUCCAGGUCCCCUCUGUCACCAGGGCUGAGGCUUGCAACACCCAGGAAAACCCAGCAGAGACUGUUCAAACACCAACACCACGGACACCUGGGCCUAGGAAGAGGCAGGCUCACGAGGAGACAACUGCAGCGACAGAGCCUGAAACGGAUGCGCUGACCACUGAUGUAGAUAUGCGCUACUACAAGGACCUGUUGGACCAGAUCCCCCCCGAAGCCUCGUCGGUUCCCCUCAUACUUCACUGCAUGUUGGACCAGGUAGUGGCCACUGAGCAGGACAUCGCUCCCCUGUCUGCAGCAGGAUCGGAGAAGGGUGUGUUUGGCCUGGAGAAAAGCCUGGUGGACUACAUGCUCUCAGCCUUCAUGUCUCUGCCUCGCUCCGACCAUGAGAAGAAGACAAUCAGGGAGACUUUUGGUGCUGUGGAGAGGUCCCAGCAGGUCACUGAGUGUCAGAGACCUCUACUUAUCAGCUGUCACGACGAGAGAGCCUUGAGACUGCAUCACCUGCCGGUCCACAACAGCUUUGAUGCGGUGACGAGUGAGGCGGAGAUGAUGAGAAACACUCGAGUGUGGAAUCUUCUUCGCUCCGUCCGCCCCCUGAGUGGAAACGCAUCCAGACUGGCCCGCAUCCAGGAACUCACACACUACUGCACUGACGAGUUUCUGAGCUGGCCGGAGGUAGAGAGACUGUUCAGCCAGUUUGUGUUUGAGAGCAUGCCUCUGACCCAGGUGGACGAGAGUGGCCUGCUGAUGGCAGUUUGUUCCCCACAACCUGCCUGCCUACCCUGGGUUGAUCCGGUCUGCUUUGUUAAGUGGUUCCAGGGGCGUGAAGUGGACCACAAUUUGUCCAGUGUGAUGGCUGUGACUGACAUUCAGAAGUGUCGUCUGCGAUCGCUCAGGGACUGGCACUACGCAGAGCACCACGAUUCCAAAGUCUUUCCGCAGAUUCUUCAGACUGCCUCUCAGUCCUAUGAAUGCAUGGACUCCUUCUGUGGUAGUCAGGACAACACUUUGUUUCUCGUCUGUCACAAUCCCAUGAACUCUCAGAGACAGUGCAAAGAACUGUGGGAGGUGUCUCUUCACACCGACGUCGGGUUUAGGAUGUACCUAGAGCAUGUGGCAGAGUCCAUCUCUGAUUGGACAAGAGAGGAGGAGGCCAAAUGGCAAUUUCUGCAGGCCAAGAGCGUGUUGGGUAAUCUGAGAGGAGCCACGCCUUUGGACUACUCAGAGAAAGACAGGACAGACUCGGCUGUCAAGAAGGGCACAGUCGCAACAUCUUCGGGGAGGUCUCCCAUGAUCCCAGAGGAGGACCCUCCAGACCAACACAUCAGAGAGGACUCUCUCAAGGCAUGGAAAAUAGAGCAGGAGAGACUGAAGGAGGAGCAAAUGAAGAAAACCAAGAAGGACAAAGGGGGGAAGGCAGGAGGCUCGGCAAAAAGGGUGGAACUUGCCGACUCGUCCAGGGAGCACAAGAAGACUCCGUCGUCCAUGCGGAAGAGUCGUGAGGACGUGUCAAAAACACCCGAUCCGGUUCUGGAUAACCCCGUAGACGAAAGCACUGACUUGCAGUCGCCCAGUGAAGCCUUCGCUGGAUUCACAGGCUACGGCGUCGAUGGGCAGCUCAUCCAGGUCUCAGGCCAGGUCGAGUCCCUACACCCUUCUGAUGGCGGCCGCAUCCAGGUGGAGACCAUCCACUUCGUCCAGGGGCCGACACUCCUCAAAGUGAGUGUGACAAAGGACAAGCACCAUUUCUGCACCCAUAUCACUCAGCCGAUCAGAGUCCUGGAUGACAGGCCGAAGGAGACGCAGUGUGCGGGCAGUGGGUGCAUGAGGCUGGGCUCUUUCUCGGCUGUGCUGGAUGACGGCAUGCACCUCUCCUACAGUCACUACGGACCAACCGGAGAACACGGUUCCAGCCUCUCCACCGUCCCCUCUGACCUCCUCCGGAAGAAGCCCCAAUCCUCCCAGGGCCCCGGAGAUGCCCAGCCACCCAGAGAGACCCACGAGACCCUAACGAACACAGAGACCCGAGUCCGUGAGAGUCCUGUCGCGUUACCAGGCAACGCUCCGUUCCAGGCGCUCAGCAUCUCCACACCCAGUGGCCUUCUGCUGCAGUUCCUCCGUGACGACACCGCUGGCGGUGAAUCGGCGGAGCGCGACGUGAUGGUGAGGCAGAGUUUCCCGCUGCACCGCGGCGGCGACGGCGGAGGGAACCGCCUCAGUGAACCCUCCCUCAACGGGGAGCUUUCCAGGGUCAUCACGGCCGAGGGCUCCGUGGUCAAGUGCAUGAGAGAUGGAUCUAUACAGGUGCUGUUUGCAGAUGGUUCUGUCAGUACCAGUCCAGGUUCAAGACCUGUCAUGUUCCCCCCUCAUGAACUGCCUGCUGAAGAUGAGGAGCUGCUGAAGGACUCACCGACACCAGAGGCCAAAGACAGGAAGGGUAAGCUGAGCUCCAGGCAGAGCAUGGGGGCUGACCCAUGCCAGAUUGACCCAGAGCCCAGGGAGGACCAGCAGAGGUCCGGCCAGGCCCAGGGGAGACAGGGGGCCAGUUGGAUCACCACCACUCCCUCCGGCUACAGAGUGGCCACCAUAGGGGGUCAGACCUUGGAGCCAAGUCCUGUCCUGGCAUUCAGAGCCACAGACCCAGUCAGCCAAACUGUUGUGAUCACGCGGGAGGACAAGGUGUUGUCUGUGUUGGACCGAGACGGGACAGUGAUUGUGGACCAUGCAGACGGGACCAGGAUUACCACCCUGUACCAGGAGAGAGAGGCCCGCCGUGGCUGGUCCCUGGAAUGUCUUAACACGGCACGUAGGCCCAGCAGCUCUGUGUGUCGCAUGGAGAAGGUCGUCACGGUGGAACGGCCGGGCUUUGCCACAGUAGCCAUGUUCACCGAAGGCAGGACAUGCAGCGUGUUCUUUGGGGACAGUACCGUGGUCACCGCCACCCGGGCCGGAGCCUACCAUGUGUACCCUUCCAGUGUGGGCUUGCUGUGGAUCAACCCGGACGGGAGUACCAUGUACGCGUCAGAACCAGAGGGCAGCCCAGAACCGGGCCCAGCCGGCUGGAGCUCGAGGGAGUGGCCCGGCUGCUACGUGAUGAAACACGCCGUUACCACGGCGGCGGACAAGCUGUGUGAGGUCACGGACCACCACGGAAACCACUUCCAGGUGAUGGGAGACGGCCAGACGUCUGUGGAGAUCUCCAGUGCUCUGAACAGCAGUGUGGAUGAGGAUGAGGAUGUGGAUGAAGGGGAUACAGAGGGAGAGCUGGCCAAGCAUGUUGAAGAUAAAGUCCACUCGCCCAGGUUCUUCAUGGCCCAUGAAGACGGGUCUGGUACUGAGCUGCUGUACUCGCGAGCAGUAGAGGAGGAUCUGGACCGGGCCUACGCUGACCCCACCGUGGCACUGCUCAAGGAACCUCUCCCGGAUCGACCCGGAGUUCUGGGAAUAACGGUACUGAGACCCGCUCGUCAGGACGUGUGGUCCAGGUGGGUCAUUCAGAAACAGAACAAGGACAUCAUGCCUGCCAACCUUAAAUCCAGGAACUGGGAGAACUUCCCCUCUGUGGAGAGGAAGACGCCGGGCCCCCCGUUCGGGACCACUCUGGGCCGGGGUCUGACCCUGAAAGAGAAGCCUGGUUCUGAGGGCGGCCGGGCGGUGCCUUGUUGUCCCGACGUCCUGGAGGUCCGGCAGCUGCUCCAGUACCGUCCAGUCAGCGGGCAGCUCCGCAGCACCCUGGACACGCGCCUCAAGGAGUACAUGGAGCAAGUGAUGCGCAGGGAGAGCCUGUCGGAGGAGAUGCAGCUGAAAGACCCCCGUUCUGAGGAGGAGAAGCUCCGUGCUGUCGACCUGCUUAAGCUGGUCCUGUCAGAACGCCCCAGCACCGCUUCAGAGAAGAGCCCCGAUGUUGCCGCUCUGUACAUCCAUGCUCUGACGCCGCCAGCCCUGCAAACAGAGGCUUCUGUCUCCGAGAAAGACAUCCGCAGAGGCAGUGAUGGACUAUCAGAGUCUAGGUGGAAAAGCAGGAUGGAGCAACACCGACGGGAUCUUGAACAGGCGAAGCUGUACAGACAUGCUCUCAGGAACGUCAUCAUUCCGCCAUACUUCCACUCAGAGAACGGGCCAGGCUUUGAGUCUUCGGGGGAGGUCCCAGAUAUGAGAGCUUUGUCUCAGAGCCUUCCUCCCUUCCCUAAGACGACGGACACCCGGAGCUUCAUCAAAGAUGCCCCUGAAGAGACAGAUUUGCCUCAUCGACCUCUGAAUCCGAGACCCCCUCCCGCAGCAGGAAGUGAUGCGCGGCCUGUCGGGAGAGCCACCAACCCUAGCUCUCAGCCUGCAGGGGACAGUUUCCAUGCGGUCUCCACUGACAGGCGGCGCCGUGGUGACGUAGAGCCCGGUAGCGCCCAGCUGAACGUGGCAGGAAACCCGCGCACACACAGAGUCAAGCUGCCGUCCUCCAUCCUCAGCUCCAAACCCUGCAGUACACCCAACCAGCAGUUCUUGCGUGUAGAGGAGCCCGUGAGGAGGAAGGUGAAGACUGUGUCUGUGACGGGAGGCCAGAAGCGACUCCCUCGGGGGUUCGAACUCCUUCCCGUGGAGGUGCAGUUUGGAGCACUGAAGGAGGGCUGCACCUACAGCGUCACAGUGCUGAUGAAGAACGUUGGCUUCGACACCUGCAGGUUCAGCGUAAAACAGCCGAGCCCUGGUACCGGCCUUAGGGUGAUCUACAGCCCAGGACCUGUGGCUGCUGGAAUGAAGACGGAGCUGCAGGUGGAGCUGUACGCCAUGGCCACCGACCUGGAGGAGCCAGCCGAGGGAGAGGCCUACGUCUCACACCAAAUACACAUUCGGACGGAGAGCGAGAUCCUCUACCUGCCCGUCUCAGCCACCAUCCUCCCUGAGCGGCUGUAUGACAGCAGGACCAGGGACCAUACCAACGGGGCCCAGAUGGGGGUGUCAAAGGUCCGCCUCAUCUCCUCCAACCCCCCAGUCAGACGCGGAGUGGUCCUGCCUUACAGACCACUAAUCCCCACCACAGGAAAACUUGGCUGAGACACCGGUUGACGUACAACCCAAACUAUCUGAGAAAAAGAUCACUGCACACUAGUGUUACUAAGGGCUGUGUUAGAAAUUGCUUUGUGGAAAGGUUGGUGAUUAGAAUUCAUUUUAGGAUAAAAAAAACAGUGAAAUUAUGUUCCUUGUUUUUCCUGUGAGUUAAAGCGACUUUAGAGACGCCAAACCAAACAACAAGAGGCCCCCAGUCAACCAAACUGCGUGCUUUAUUGAUAUACACAGUAAAGCAUUUAUUAUACAGGAGUAAGGCAUAUAUUUGGUGGAAUUUGAUAUGUAGUGGAAAAAUGAGUUAUUUAAAGAGAUGGCUAAUGCAACAAAAACAGUGUGUUGAACAUGCUGCCGGUAACUACCGUUACUGUGGCGCAAAAAAAAAAGAAGUGGUCAUACAAAUGGAGAUCAAAACCAUAAACUGGUUGGACUUAGCCUGGGUACUAUUGUUAAAACACAUUGAUUACACUCCUGUCGAUGCAAAUCCACACAGAAAAUUCAACCAAACACAACAGAAAUAAAACGUAACGAAUGCACCGUAGCAGGAAAUCAACUACAGUAAUGUCCAGGAUGGAUACAGUAGUGCACACUGAUUUAGUUUGCUUAAUGUCUGGCGUGUUUCAUAUCCAACAUGGUCAGGAAACAGAGGACAGUACAGUGUAUCUGAAACGCAUUCAGGUAGGAGGAAGUCACUCCAUUUCAAAACAUGGAUGGAUUCUUUAAGACAACUACAGUAGACUCUUUUCUACAGUCUUUCUGGGGAGGAUCAGAAGACAAAAAGACAAUUUUUUAGUUGGGUUUUAAACAGUGUAGAAAUGAAAUUCAUGGGCUCUCUAGAAUUGUUCACUAGUUUUAUCUUGAAACACAGGACCAGUGUAAAUGUAGUUCUAAUUCAAAUUAUGUGUAAAUGAAAUGACUUCAUCGUACAAUAAACCACUAUUACUUGAUUUUGCAAUAUUAAUAUCACUUUCUGUCAGUGGUAAAGGCCCAAUCCGUAAUUUUGGGGGAAAGUGACAGCUGUAAAUAUCACAGAUCAGGACUUUACAUGUAAGUAUAUGAAGAAGUCUAUCACAGCGUCAUUGAAUGCAGGCCAGGGCCAUACUAAAAUAAACUCUAAAUUCAAAUCUUAAAACAUCCUUAAAAUCACCUGCGGAUGGAUAGAUGGAUGAUUUGAUAAAAAUGAGUUUGACCAGCCCAAAGCAAAAGCUAUGAAGCAAUGUGGAAAUAAGAUACCUCCACAUACCCCACGGUAACACACGUCCUCACGUACCAAUACACACACACACGCACGCACACACACACACACACA